AUGCCGGUGGAUGCUGACUACUACUGCACAGACGUGGUGUCGCCUGGUUGUGAGCUGACGGGCCUUCGCACUUGGAAAGACAUUUGUCUUGUACGGAACUCACUCUUCCAACAUCAGAUCUUUGUUUGUGUUGGUGAGUGCGUGUGUGGAGCGGUGACGUUGAUACACGGGUGGCGACUGGCGACUGGCAGCGGUGGGCAACCCGCGGUGACCGUUGGACGGCUGCCCCUUCACGAUCCUGACACAGAAAGAAGUAUCAGCUGUACGGCUAUAGGAGUAGCCGCGUUCGCCGACACAGCGAGCGACGCUUACACGCAAAUUAUUAUAAGGUGUCGGGGUGCAUUGGACUGUGAUCUGUGGACGUUGUGUGACAAACGAGUGCAAUAUACUGAUAGUGCAAUCAUAUUGACAUUGUUGUUUAAAAAGUGA